AUGUUCUGGAGAUUCGGAUUUCACAACACAUCCUCCAUCGACAGUCUACUGGACAAGGAUGAUGUUUCAUUAGAGGCAAUUCUAGACGAAGACGAUCUACUACAGGAAUGCAAGUCACAGAACACGCGGCUCAUCGACUACUUUCAGCGUGUAGACGUCCUGAAAAGACUUCUGGGGUAUGUGACUGGUCAGAUUCCAGGCGAAGAGGAACGAGGACGGUUCAAGUAUCCGUAUGUCGCUACAGAAGUUCUCUGCAGUGAAAUAUGGUCGAUAGUGGAAACCUGCGUCAAUUCGUCAGACCAGCUGCUGACACCGUUCUGGGAAACGGUUCUGGACAAGUCGCCUGAAGAGAUGAAGACAGAGAUGGUCAUGGCUUCUCACUUUGCCAAGAUUAAUGCUGUCUUUCUCACCAAGAAGCCGGCGGAGAUGCUCGCCUUCAUCCAAUCCCAACCAUUUGUUGUGGAGCGCCUCUUGCGACACGUCGAGACGCCAUCUGUAGUUGACCUUAUUGUCCGCAUCAUUCAGCUGGACGAAGUCCCAGGUGGUGCAGGGGUUCUUGAAUGGCUUUCGUCGGAGAACCUCAUGGGCAGAUUGGUUGAGCUGCUUUCCCCGGCGCACACCAGCGACAUGCACACAGUGGUUUCAGAAUUGAUCAAGGGGAUACUUUCCAUGGCUACUGCGUCACCUGCACCGGGACUUACGGAUGGUCUGCAGAAUGGAGUUGCUUCAAAUCUUUUCUCCAGGGAGCUGGCGCGGCCCGAGAGCGUUUCAACAUUAACCGAUUACAUAUUAAGCGAUUUCAGUCCAUUAGCCGAAGCUGAAGGCCAGAAAGCGAUCCAUGAUGAUGAUUCUACUGAUCAUUGUAGUUCCUCCACCCCAGAGCUCCCAAAUCUCGACACCUCCCUUUCUUCUGUUGUCCACUCGAUAUCUGUGGUCAUUGAACUUAUUCGGAAAAACAAUUCAGAUUAUUUCGAACCAUACCUCUUUCAUACCCUGCGAAAUCGGCUAAUUCAUAUUCAACAACAGCUGGCAGGGGCUGAAAACGGGCGCGCGAAGCUUGAGGAGUCCAUGAAGGAGAUGUCGGACAGAAUGGGCGUGGUUCACCUGGGCCCUUUGCUAGAUAUUAUGGGCGAACGACUCGCGACCUUCGAGAAAUAUCUUCGUCGACCACGAUCUUUGCAAGGUCCCAUACCCACAACUGUAGGUGUGAUCAUGCCCCUCACCUUCGAGCGAUUUCGGAUAUGCGAGUUGUAUGCUGAACUCCUGCAUUGCUCCAAUAUGGCCAUAUUAAACCGUCCCGGGGAGUAUAGCGAUCUUUAUGACAAGCAAGGUCGAUUACAAGGCGGGCUAUCAUCUCUGGAGCAUCUUGCUCGUGUAAUUGCAAUUGGUUCCGGAGAUGAAAGAGACCAGGACACAAUGGACGAUAACCAUGACGACGUGGAGCCCGCAUUGGAAUUGCCUGUCACCAACCGAUCACGAGGUUCCUCGCUAUUAGAUUCGGAUGAAGACAUGAGCGAUGAUGAACCUGGCAGCUCGGAUGACGAUGUCCUGGAGGAGAUUAUGAUGGAUGAUCCUCCGAAGCUGCAACAUUCACCGUCAGAAGAUCUUCAGCCACAGGAACCUCCAAUAAUCGUCCCUUCCUCGCUCAAUGCAGCGUCAUUACCUCCACCUGCCGAGAUUGCGGCUCAAGGUACUGCAAAACGGACUUCCAGCAUGUCUAGUAGUAGUGAUAGCACCGCAAAAUCUCCCUCCAUACGUUCGCGCAGAAGCUCCAAGCGGGUGGUUAGCACUGAUACCGUGCCAGGUCUCUCGAUAGGGGAGAAAACAAAAAUGCGCUUCUUGGAGGCCAACGUUUUGAGCACCUUAUUGGACCUCUUCUUCGAAUUUCCUUGGAAUAACUUUUUGCACAAUACCGUUUAUGAUUUCAUCCAUCAAAUCCUCACAGGCAGGACUGAUGGAGGACUGAACAAAGAAUUGUCGAUCUCUCUCUUCCGAGAUGCACACAUCAUGCAGCGCAUCAUCGAUGGUCAAAAGCGAAAUGAUGCAGAAAGCUCAAAAGCAAAAGGUGUUCGGCUUGGGUACAUGGGCCAUCUGACGCAAGUGGCGGAGGAUGUUAUUGGAGCUCUUGAGCAUUAUCCACCCAACCUCCGGUUAAUCAUUGAACAGUAUGCACCACAGCCUGCUUGGCAGGAGUACGUGACGGGUCGUUUCAAUGAGACCAAGAAACGGGAUACCAGCCUCCUUGGCGGAGGGAGGCCUACCGUUACCUCAAAUUCACGUGCUGGUGGUAGAUGGACGGUUGACGAGGAAGAUAGUGGCUCAUCGUUGAGUGCAGCUGCGACUACAGGUCCUGGAACUACUGGUGAAUUUAGGAGAUCUGUGACCACAAGACCAUCAAGAGCAACGACUGCUGACUUUGGUCCUGCGCCGAUGGACGACGAGGACGACGACCAUAGCGCUGGACCUCCACAAUUUGCUCGCUACUUGGCUCAAGAGAUGCAUUCGAGGGAACAGUUUCACUCAUCAUCUGAUGCUUCGGAUGAAGACGAAGAUGAAGACGGCGGAUGGUUGGCUCAAUCGACAUUUGAUUUAGGCAGACCACCCCUUCGGAGAAAUACUGGAAACCAACAAGAAAUUUCUUCAAAUGGUUUUGACGAUGCAUUCAAUCCUGGCCCCUGCGGCGCUUUGAGGGAGGCGCUUGCUGAUGAUCCUUUCGGGGACGAUGGUUUCGGCCCAUUUUCCGAUGCAGCAGCAACCUCCCCAGAUCACUUCAAUUUUUCGUCCUCGAUUUCAUCGUCUUUCUCAUCUGAUGACUCCUUUGACUUUGGAGAUUUCCAGGGCUCAGACGACAGCAUCCAUGACGGUGAGCUUACCCCGACUGCUGGGAGCUGGACUUUGGCAAGCGGUUCAGAAUCAGAAGGGGACGAGUUCGGCCACCCUGGAAACGGCUCGAAUGGAAUGCAUCCGAUAUCGUUGGAUGAUUUGAAUGGUCGACUGGAGUCCGAUAAAAGUAAGGACUGGAGUUAA